AACGUGUCGGUGCACGAGGGCUGUCUGGAUCAGCUGGCCAAUCGCACAGCGGAGCGAUGGAAGUGUUUCUUUCCCGAGUAUUUCCUCCCGCUGCUGCACACCCCUCUCUUCAUCGGCAACACCCUCUACGACUCCUGGCAGAUGAACUAUUCGUUCGCCGUCCCAGCGUCCUUCAAAUCCCAGCACUGGGAUGAGUGCCGCUUGGCAUUGUCGGACUGCCCCGGACAACUGCUUCGGAAAUUCCAUACCUACCGAGCCGAAAUGGUGAAGAAGCUCCAGCCUCUGAUGCAGGCUCGGGUCUUAGCUUCGGUGCCGAGCCUGUGGCAGGCAACAGGAGAGCCAGGCUCGGGGCAGGGAGGGCAAGAGUGGGGCAGCGGCAGUAGAUGGUUGCAGUGGUGGCCACCUGGUGGGGGAGGGGCAAUGGGGAGGACAGGGGGAAAAGCCGGCCUUAUUUUAGUGAAGCGUUGCCCGCAUGGUUUUUUUCUCGCCUCGUGCCACAUGCACACCAUGGCGCUCUGGGAGUCAUGGCAUGGGACUCGAGGGCCAUUGUUAUCAAACCAAUCCAUGGCUCAGGCUGUAGCCGAUUGGUUCUUUGAGCGCCGAGAAGUGCGGCUUGUGGAUGAGAUCUUUGGCCGGAACCCGACUUGCCCCGUCAACAAGUAUAGCAAACAACAGAUGAACAUGACCAAAGGCUCUCCUGUUGCACCUUGA